UCUUUUUUUGACGCUGCUUGUCGCGUUUGGCAAAGUAAUCAUCCUCGUCAUCCUCUGCUUGUGCUUCAUCUUCAGAUUUUACAUCUUGUUCCGAAUUAUCUAAUUUAAACUUUUUCUUCUUUUCCUUUUUUUCGGCAUUCAGUUUUUUAACAGCGGUCUCAUCCAAGACUUCUCCAUCAUCGCCAAAUACAAUUUUUUUAUUUUUUGGUUUCGUCGUAAUACUAACUGCAGAAGCUGUGUUUGGCGCCAUUUGUUAAUAAUUGUUAGAUAUUUUUUAAAUAAAAUUUUUUUUAAAAAUCAUUCAAUAUUUACGAGUAUAAUACAAAACAUAAAAUAAUACACGUGCAAUGAAGUUAAAUGUCAAAUACGGACAGUGUAUCAUUUUCUCAUUUCGAUAGAGGGAUUUUUUAAUUGCAAUUAUGUGAGGGAGGUUUUAGGUACUGUAUACUUACGUAGGAACAUUUAUUAAUAUAUAUAGACACUGUAUAAUAAAGCAUAUCAAAUUAUGAUAUUUUAAUACAAAUCCAAACACGUAUAUAAAAAUUUCUAAUAGCGAUUUACUCUGUGGCAUUGAACUAUGUGAGAUGAGAUUCAUAAUUAGUAACAACUUGGGAAAUUAAAAUAUAUUUAACCAUUUUUGUUCUGCGAUUUUGGGAUAUAUUUAAAUUAUAUCGGAAUACACAAGAAAUGUUUAUUAAAAAUAUUCGAACUCGAAAUUUGGUAACCAAAAAACCAAACAAAAAAAAUUUGAGUCUGAAAGUGAGAAAAAAUGCAACCCUACGAAACCGCAAAAAUGUUAGUAUAACAACAGAAAAGUGGAAAAACAACUAUUUGCAGUUGUAUUUAUUGAAUUUUGUGUGCGUUUCUGCUGUAGAUAAAUUAAACUUUUAAGAAUCCUGUCUAUAAAUUAAAAGAAGAUAAUACAAUAUUCGAAUAUAAUUAAAUAUAUAGACAGUUAAAUCACUUUGUCUGAAAUGAAUGAGGCAGCAUUGGCCAGCAUGAUUUACAACGACCCCAUCGGUAUCUAUGAGCAGCCCAGGCCGCGUUUCAUUUUUAAAAUGCCGCGUGUGGUGCCCGAUCAAAAGGCUAAAUUUGAAAGCGAUGAACUCUUUCGUCGCUUAAGCCGAGAAAGUGAAAUCCGUUAUACUGGCUAUCGCGAGCGCGCUCAAGAGGAACGUCAAAUGCGUUUCCAUAAUGGGUGUCGCGAGGGUCAUACUGAAAUCUCAUUUGUGGCAUCCGGUACGAAUCUACAACUUGUUUUUAACGCAACCCAAAACCCAUAUUUGCAUGAUAAGGAAUGCGAUUUUGAUAAAGAGCACGGAAAGGUGUAUAUAAAAUCGUACUUUAUAAUGAAUGGCGUAUGCGUGCGUUUUCGUGGUUGGUUAGAUUUGGAACGUUUGGAUGGUUCGGGCUGUCUGGAGUUCGAUGAACGACGUGCAAUGCACGAAGACCAAAUAUUACGCGAACAAAUCGAACGAUAUAAUUUGAGACUCCGCGAAUUCGAGGAUUCUAAACGAGCAUAUCGUGAUAGCCGACCAGAAGUCGAUAUGGAAGCUGUACGCCGUGGUGUACCCUCAGGUGGCAUUGGUGUUGGUGCUAGUAUGUGGAGACGUUAACUUUGUAGAGAGAGAAAAGCGGGGUUAACUUUAGAAUAGAACCUCCCUUCCCCAAUUCGAGGAAAUGGAUUUGGGCUGAUAGAGAAGGCUCUUUCUGUUUUAUUUUAUUUUAAUUCGUUUGCAAAAUAUGUAUUAUUUAUUAGCAUGCAAAGCUUUUGUUAUUGUGUCAGUAAAUCGGAGUGAAUAAAGGUUAAAUAUUGAAUUAGAGCUAUUUUUACAAUUAUUCAUACAGAAAUAUGUAAAAAGAAUUUAGUGAAGUGUUUACGUAAGAAAAGUGCAUUGUAUUAGUGUAAAAUUUAUUAUAAAUCGAAAAAUUUCAUACUUCAAUUUUAAAAUUAUAAACGUCAAACACAAAUAUUUGUAAAACUAUAAUAUAUAAUCUGAAAAACCUUCUCAAUUAGCCCAUAUCAGUAUUCACGUCGAUUUCGGGGGUUUCUAAUCUAAAUUGCAGCCGAAAAGCGCUAUAACCAUUGACACAGUCUCAAUCUGAUCAAUGGUACCGACUUAACUAUUUAUUAUAAGCCAAAUAAUAUACUCGAAUACCUUUUUAAAUGUUUAGAAAAACAUUUUUGUCCACUAGAACCGCAUAAAUUAGUUUAUUAUUAAUUUAAUUUUAAGCAUAAUAAUGGCGGCUUUUGUUUUAAUCAAGUAUUAAUUUGUGCAAAAUAUGUAUUACGUCUAAUACUAAUAAUUGUAUUUAUUUUAUAUCAAUUAAAUUUCCACCUGGCAAAAAUGUAUUACUUGAUUGAUUAGCGAAUAUACAUUAAACUACAAACUAUAAGAAA